AUGGCAGUUCCACCACCAGCUGUGCUUGUGGUCGGCGGCGGGGCCUUUGGGACGUCCACCGCGUACCACUUGUCCAUGCGAGGCUACACGCGCGUGAAAGUCCUGGAUCGGUUUGCCGCCCCGUCCAAAGAUGCCGCCGCCACAGACCUGAACAAGAUCAUUCGCUAUGACUAUCCCAACCCGCUGUACACCAAGCUGGGCCUGGAAGCCAUGGCGGUGUGGAGGAACAACAGCAACAACAACAACAACAACAACCUAAAUCACCUGUUGUCGGGCAUGUUUCGCCAUACCGGCUGGCUCAUGGGCGCACAUGGGAUGACGCAAGGCUUUCUGCAGGCCGCAUAUGAGUCGAGCCAACAAGCCGGCCUGGACGGGGUUCGAUACAUGGACGUGGGCGAGAUCAAGCAAAGGUGGCCACAGUUUACCGGUGAUUUCCACGGCUGGACGAAUUUGUGGAGUCCAGAAGCAGGAUGGGUUCCCUCAGGGGAAGCACUCCUUCGACUGGCCAAUGCGACUCAGGCAAAUGGCGUCGAGUACGUCUCUGGCGACCGAGGAUGGGUGCAACAAUUGCUGUACGACGAUGGCGGCGCGUGCGUGGGCGCCCGGACGAAGAAUGGCGAAACACAUCUGGCGGACAUUGUCGUGCUGUGUACGGGUGCCAACACUGCAGCACUGAUCGAGGCCAAGGACGAAAUCGUGGCACGAUCGCAUUGCGUGGGCGUCAUUCAACUCACGCCGCAAGAAGCGGACAAGUACAGGAGCUUGCCCAUCGUCGAUGACUUCGAACAAGGAAUUUUGUUCCCCCCCGACGAAAACAAUCUGCUGAAGCUCUGCAGCUGCCGCUUCAUCACCAACUACGGCAACUCGAGGAUCCCCGGCGCAUCCCUGGGUCACUCCCACGAAGACUUCCCGGAGGACGGCGUGCCGCGGCAGAUCGAGGCCGAGAUGCGCGAGUUUGUGCGGGACCAGAUUCCCGAGCUGGCUGAUCGCGAAUGGGUGUCGACCCGGAUGUGCUGGGACGGAGACACGAAGGACAUCAACUUCCGCAUCUGUCCGUCGCCCACCAACGCCAAUCUGUUCAUUGCCACCGCCGGAUCCGGUCAUGGAUUCAAAUUCAUGCCCAUCAUCGGCAAGUACGUGGCCGACAUGAUCGAAGGUCGAUUGGAUGCCGAAUACGCCGACUUGUGGAAGUGGCGGUUUGGGGCAGCACCACCGGUGAAGGAGACGGGAAAAGAGCCUCAUCCAUGGCCGGCUCGUGAUCUUGCGGAGCUCGACGGUUGGAAAGGGAGGAAUCGACGAACGGUCCAUCGCUUAUGA